AUGUCUACUGGGUGGAAUAAUGGUCGUGCUAUGGGAAAGUCUCACAAGUCAUGGUUGUUUACGAUAGUUGCUACUUCUAUCGACUACAGCUGGCGCUCUUACAAAGAAUGGAUACCACCUUCAUGGGAAGGGAAAUCACGAACGUGCCAGAACUGGCUGGAAAUCAGGAAGGCAGAAGUGAAGGAAGAGAAGCUCUGGAGAAUACAUGACAGCCUUUACGAUUUUACCGAUUUCAUCAAACUCCAUCCAGGGGGAUCCUUUUGGUUGGAAGUGACAAAGGGUACCGAUAUAACUGAAGCUUUUGAAAGCCAUCAUAUCAAUGAGGGACCGAGAAACAUUUUACCGAAAUACUUCGUGAAGGCAGCAUCGACUAAACGAAAUGCGCCAUUUACAUUCAAAGAAGAUGGAUUUUAUAUGACGCUCAGGAAGAGGGUCAGGGAGAAAUUGAAGAGCAAAUCCAUCAAACCCGGACCAAGCAGAAAGGACUGGAGAAUAUCGCAUGCAAUGUCCCACCAUCUUUAUCCCAAUUCUCUUCAUGAUUUAGAAAUAACUAUGGUUGAACCAUGGUUCCAAUAUCUUCCAAGGCCGGACAAACCAUUUACAGCUAGAUUUUUAUCUCUUAUCUACUUCCCUCUGGCAUAUGCAGUCAUCUUCUAUGGAGAGGGUUUUUCAAGGCUAAUGCUUCAUCCUGAUGGGUUGAAAGAGUUGAUUCCUUUAGCUAUACCAGCUUCCAUGUUACUUUCUGGAGUUCCUUUAAUACAUGCUUUAAUAUGGUGGAACAUUAUUGUUAUAAGCGCCAGCUUUACUUUUGCUUUCCUUGGACUAAAUGCAGCACACCAUCACCCAAACAUCCACCAUGAUGGAGAUGAACCAAGGGAAGAUAAAGACUGGGGGCUUUAUCAGUUAGAUACUGUUAAGGACAGAGUAGAAAUCAAAGGAAUAUUUUUUUUCGUUUUGGUGAUGUUCGGAGAUCACACACUUCAUCAUUUGUUCCCAACUAUUGACCAUGCUUAUUUAGACGAUCUGUAUCCCGAACUAGAAAAAACAUACGAAGAUUUUGGAAUUAACCAUAAGAUGACAACAAUGUCAGACCUCAUCAUUGGACAGUUCAAACAACUGGGACGGAUCACAGGAAACAAGAGAUCUAAAGGUUAGAUAAGCUGAAUGCUGAAGGAAAUUUAAUAUAUCAUUCAAAUUAUUAUGUUAUCUGGAGAAUAAGUAUAUAUGUGAUAAUUAGUUAUGUACCUUUGUAACUAAAAUAAGAUCUGCAUUGACUGAUGUCUUAGAAAUUAAAGUUAAACUGAUAAUGUAACGGUUUUAAUAAAUUGUAAAUAAAGAAUUAAGGAAAACAUUUGGUUUAGAAAAAAAUUCAACUGGUUGUAAUAAAUAUGUUUCCCAAAAUC